AUGAAGGGACCAAUACAUAUUGUUGUGUUGGGAAAGGAAGGAGUUGGUAAGACAGCACUAGUGGUGAGGUUUUUAACCAAAAGGUAUUUAUCAGAAUAUGCUCAAACUGACGAAGCUAUUUAUGAACGGAAUGUGUCCGUGGACGAGAGGAACACAGCUUUAAGGUUUACAGAUAUCAGCGGCAAGGAUGUAGAAAGAAGAGCAGCCAAUAAAGAAAUGAUCAGUAAAAUGGAUGGUAUAAUUGUGGUCUAUAGUAUUAUAGACAGACACAGUUUUGACGUGGCUAAAAAUAUCAUCAGUUGGCUACAGAGAGAACGACGACCAGCGCCACCCAUACCUCUCCUUCUCCUUGGUAACAAAUGUGACCUUGGACAUCGAAGGGUGGUAGAAAGCCCGGGUUUAGACAGCCCAGACUGGCAGACAGAUUCCGACUGUUUUCUCAGAUUCGAAUGUUCAGCUUGUGAUGAUGUAGACGGAGUAGAUGAAGUUUUUACCAAAUUCAUCCGGAAAAUCCAAGAAAAACGUGAUCCAUCGAGUAAACCGCCUAGAAAAGUGAAUCAUCAUUCUUCCGGACUGGGUUCACCAACCCAACUACGUGCUGCCAUUAGACGGCGGUUCAGUGUUUUUAAUCGCGAUAGAACGACAUUUUAA